AUGUACAUUGGUGCACAAGGCAAUGAUCUCAUCUUCGUUCUUUCUUCUUCAUCGUUCGUCUUGCCACGAGUCGUGAGAAAAAUCACCUGCAAAAAUGGUGGCCCAGAAGAAACAGAAAAAGGCUCAAGAGAGCAUCAAUACCAGAUUAGCACUCGUUAUGAAAUCUGGUAAAUAUGUUCUUGGUUAUAAGCAAACUCUGAAGUCCCUUCGCCAAGGCAAAGCCAAGUUGGUCAUCAUCGCUAGUAAUACACCGCCGUUGAGGAAGUCGGAGAUCGAGUACUAUGCCAUGUUGGCGAAGACCGGCGUACAUCAUUACACGGGAAACAACAUUGAAUUAGGAACAGCCUGUGGUAAAUACUUCCGUGUCUGUACUCUUUCGAUCACAGAUCCUGGCAAUUCUGAUAUUAUAAAAUCCAUGCCAACUGGUGAUCAAGCGUAAUAUAAUUUUUUA